AUGGAAGGUAAAAGUUCUAUUGCUAACGCCGUCCCCAUGGCUCAGACGGUAGCGGAGAUUAGGAAAGCAAGUGGUGGGCAAGACGUCCCUGAGUUUACUCCAUCACCUCCAGCUAAGAAGAGAAAGCGACGUGACAAGAUGCCACGGAUUUGGCUUCGUUUAGAGCUUUUUGAGCUUGGCCUCUUGCCUUUACCGUCCAAAUAUAUGGCUACGUUAACUUUAACGAACGUAAAGAAUGUAUUGGAUUCGUUGCACAAUAAAUUACGGACUGGAAGAGAAGAGGAAGGACUGUGUGAAGAUGAUACUGUCAUGCUGGAUACGGAAGGAUCAUGUUUUACAGAGAGUGACAAUUUCACUUCCAUUACUUUUUCCGUCUGGAAAGAAGCAGUCGAGAUGAUUUACCAAUGGCGAGACGAGUACUAUCAAGUCUUUUGGUUGCUAUUGGUGCAUUUUCAUCGGAUGAUUUCUGUAAAGAAUGAAGUUGUGGACGUAACUGUGCCAUUGGAUGUCGAACAGUGUCUUGAGAGAGAGGAAGUACCGGUAUAUAAGAUUGCCAUCUUCCUCUUUAUUCAGACAGUAAAACCACACUCGUGGAGAACAAAAUAUUCACUUGACAUGUAUAAUGCCGUCUGGCACCGGGAACAUGCCGAGAGUUUAGCUGCGGCGGCUGCUCUGGAAAGUGCGGGUGCUGUGGGUGCUGCUAUAGUGCCAAAAUCACCAAUAAUGACCGCUCUAGGGUCUCCGCUGAUGAGGGGUAGUGCUAGUCCACCGCCGCCACAGUCACCACAUACAAUGGGCAUGGCGAACCGCUCGACAGCAGACGCGUAUUACCUGGCAUUCGUACGCGAGGAGCUGGAAAAUUUAUUUGGACUGCUUUACCCAUCGGUGGAUCUCAAGGAUGAAUCGUUGACAGUUAUCAGCGCAGAUCAACUCGACCUAUUGGGUUUUUUAUUGUGUCCAGGUGAUGUAAGUCUUGUGGACAAGAAUGUCAAGCUGAGCUCGUGUUACCCGACUUGGGAACAAUCCGAUAUUAGCAACACUAUGACAGAGACUGACGAUGCUCAGGAAUUUGUGCCGCUUGUGGAGAACGGAGCCAAGGUUUGUCGGUUCUACAAGACCCAUUUAUCGCUAAACGAGAAAAUGUACCCGCCGGUAGGGUUCUCUAUAACUUCCUCAACUAUAGCCCAGAACAGCCUCUCAGCGCUGUCACCUCCCGUCUUUUCGCUAAACGAUGAUUUUUCAUUGGAUGGUAGCUCAGACGUGCCCGUUCCAGAGGAGACAGCAUGUCGUCCGACGAUUUUAUCCCAACUUACAAAGGCAACCGUGAUCAAGCGCGCAAACGAGCUCAUGGUGUCCGACGACAGCGGCCAACGUCCGGAUCUCACCAUUUUCUCGUGUCAAGACUCGUACAUCUACAUCUUGGGGCCUGUUCGAUAUCCUUUUAUUCACUUAUUGCAUGUGUUGCAUUUAUUUUUAUCCUUAACCUUGCUUGUUCGGAUUAUUACGAAUGUGACAAUUUUAGCUUGCAAGAACUGUCGUAUCGUCCUGGCGCCAAACACGGGAAUAUUGUCAUUGGAGCGAUGUGAAAACGUCCAGCUCACUUCACUCUCGGGUCUCAUCCGCGUCAGCAACUGUCUGGACACGCGACUCAAUGUGUACACACUGUUACCCGUAAUUGUCAGUGGUGAAAAUGUCGGCCUGAUUCUAGGACCGUACAACACCAAGUAUGCCGGUUUGAAGCAGCAAUUGCUCACGAUGCCAUUUCUGUACAAUGCUGAGUCAAUGGGCUGUUGGAACAGUUUUCUGGACUUGGACAGUGAUAAAGAUAACAUGGCCGACACAGACAAGCCCCCGGUUUCAAUUCAAGUGCCCGAGACUUUCCGCGAUGUGUGUGUACCGGUAAAACCGGGAACGGGAGCAGGUUCCGCCGAGCGUCCCUUUUCAAUUCCUCCCGAGUACAUUGCUGCCGUGAAGAAACAAUACGAAAUGGUAGAGUCACUACGGCAGUUGGUGACCAGUGACGAGUUUGAUUUGACAAAGAAACGGACGAUGGAAGUGGUGAUUCAGCUCAAGUUUAAAGAGUGGCUAUCGUCUACGAGCAAUGUGCGACAGAUUUUGGACUUGGUGCAUCUGGACCGUGUGAAUGAACCCGCCAGCAAAGAAUGGUAG